AUGGCUGCUGCAGACCUCCGCUUUAAGCUCAACACCGGUGCUGAGAUCCCCGCUCUGGGUCUGGGAACAUGGCAAUCUGCCCCUGGUGAAGUCGCCCGUGCCGUGAGUCACGCUAUCAAGGUCGGCUACCGCCACAUUGAUACUGCUCUUUGCUAUGGCAAUGAACAUGAGGUUGGCCAGGGUAUUAAGGAGGCUAUUGACGCAGGCAUUGUGAAGCGCGAGGAGCUGUUUGUCACUACCAAGCUCUGGUGCUCUUUCCACGCUCGCGUCGAGGAGGGUCUGGAAGAGAGUCUGAAGAACUUGGGUCUGAACUACCUGGACUUGUACCUGGUGCACUGGCCAUUGGCAAUGAACCCCAAGGGAACCCACCCCAUCUUCCCCAAGCUUCCAGAUGGAUCGCGUGAUAUUGAUCACAGUCAUUCUCAUGUGACCACCUGGAAGAGCAUGGAGAAGCUUGUCGGCACUGGUAAGGUUAGAGCCAUCGGUGUUUCCAACUACAGCCUUCAGUACCUCGAGGAGCUCCUCCCUCAGGCCACUAUCGUCCCCGCCGUCAACCAGAUCGAGAACCACCCCUCUCUGCCCCAACAGGAGAUUGUCGACUUCUGCAAGCAAAAGGGCAUCCACAUCACCGCUUACAGCCCUCUGGGUAGCACCGGUAGCCCACUCUUCACUGCUGAGCCGAUUGUGGCCGUAGCCGAGAAGCGGGGUGUUACUCCUGCUACUGUCCUGCUGAGCUGGCACAGCUCUCGUGGCUCUUCGGUCCUUGCCAAGUCCGUCACUCCUUCCCGCAUCGAGGCCAACCGCACCGACUUGAUUACACUAGACGCCGAGGAUGUCGCCACUAUCCAGAAGUACACCGAUUCCCUGGCCGCUAGCAACUCCUUCCAGCGUUUCGUAUACCCUCCGUUCGGUGUCAACUUCGGCUUCCCCGAUAAGCAGUAA